AUGGGAGGGCAAAUAGUCAGGAGUGAGCUGUACGGGGUGUGGGGAAUGUUUUUGGCCAUGCUAUUUGGCGGCACCAACUCAAUGUCAGUCCAGAAGCUCUACGAGAACAAUAAAUCAAUGAAGCUUUAUUGCGACUACCUCCUGUUCAUCUUCUACCUCGGCAUGGUUUUAGGCAUCUUUGUCAUCGAUAAUAAAAAUCUUCCGCAAAUUCGGUUCGUAGCCAUGGCCUUGAAUGUCCUGUUGGCUACUAAAAGUCUUGAACAGUGGCGUGUUGCAGCUCUAGCAAGCAAACCAUCAUCAGAAAAUGGCAUUAAGCGGUUGGUCCUCUACAUGAAGCAUGAGCACGAACUCAGCACGUCCUAUGACCCUCGCACCAUGCAAGGAUACAAGUAUGCUGUUCUCAUCCAUGAAGGUUGCGAUGAACUUGGAGAGGGUCCAAUAACACUGGAAAAAAUCUGGUCUGACAACAUUGGUGUCUUAUCAUCUUCCAACAAUCUUAACAUCCACCGCCUCAAGGAUCUAUGUCUCUCAUUCUCCUUGUUCCAUCUUGUGGUUCGGCGAUACUUUGGCUAUGCUUGUCCUGAAUCAAAGCUUGACAAGUCUCGUCAUCUUGUUCUUGAUGGGUUGUUGCGAACAGAAUGUGACUCUGAAAGAGCAUUCCAAGUGAUUGAAGCAGAGCUGGCUUUCCUCUACGACUUCUUCUUCACCAAGUAUGCUUACAUUAUGUAUGGUAGAGAGAUAAAGUGGUGUGCUCUUUCGCUUGCCACCACAUUUGUUAGUAUAGCGGUGGGCACAUGGUCUCUUUGUUCUUUGAACAUGCAUCAUUCUAAUCUGGAUGAUAAUUUGGUAGAAACGAGCACACAAGACUUCAUGGUUACCAAAAUAGUGUUUGCUGUACUUUCAACAUUUCAGCUGCUGCAGAUAUGGUCUUACUGUGCCUCUGACUGGGCGAAUGUAUCCUUGGUUUGUAAGUACGCAAGACAUCCAUCGUGGCAUGGGAAUGCUUGUAUUGAGAAGCUUCUAUUGCUUCUAGGACGACCUCACAAAUGGCUUCGCUACUGGCGCAACACCAUUGGUCAGUACUCAGUCCUUGAUUCCUUCAGUUCCAGCUACUGGGCUCGGUUGAAGCAUCACCUUCCAAGAGGAAAAGCAGGCAAACCUAAAGAGUUGACAAUGGAGGUGAAGAGAGCAAUUGCACACACUAUCAAACACUCCGUCUGUGACCGUCUGUCGCAUGGAGCCUCAGCAUUAAUGAAGCAUCACAUGAGUAAUGAGCUACACUGGGCAUGCGAGAUCAGUGAUGAAUUUACACUAAUUCACAGCAUACUAGUAUGGCAUGUCGCCACUAGCUACUACGAGAUCUCCGAAGCAGACACAUACACAAAUCAAAUUUAUAUGCAUUCAAAUCAAAAGAUUGCCAUCAGCUUGUCUAGAUAUUGCGCAUACUUGGUUGCCUUUGCCCCAACAUUGCUUCCCAGCCGCCCAAUGGAGACAACAUGUAUCUUGGAUGACUUCGAACAAGAAGCAAAGGAACAAUUUCAGAACCUCGUCUCACCAAAAGAGAAGUAUGAAAAGCUUAGAGAGCUUCAUAAUGGAGCCGGUGCCGGAGGAACAAUGGUGGCAGAACUGUUGACAAAGGGUGCCAUAAUUGGGAAGACAAUAGAGGGCAUGGGAAAUCGCAUGAUCCGAUGGGAUCUACUCGCAGAUUUCUGGGCGGAGAUGCUGGUGUAUAUCGCCCCAUCUGACAAUGUAGCUGGUCACAUUGAACUUCUCGCUGAAGGUGGCGAGUUCGUGACACAUGUCUGGGCGUUGCUCAUGCAUGCUGGCAUCCUGGAGCGGCCUGCUGCAGCUGCCACCGCAGUACCCUAG